CCACCAAGGCCUCUCCGGCCAGGGCAGGGACCCGGGCCGGCCUAGCCAGCUCCGACAGCCCCAUGGCCCCAGCUGACCUCUGAGCUCCACCAUGAGCAGCCUAUACUCGGAGUACCUGAGCCCCGACAAGGUCCUGGAACACUACAAUUACACAAAGGAGACACUGGACACGCAGGAGACACAGUCCCGCAAGGUGGCAUCGGCCCUCAUCAUCAUCAUCUGCUGCGCCAUUGUGGUGGAAAACCUGCUGGUGCUCAUUGCAGUCAUGCGCAACAGCAAGUUCCACUCAGCCAUGUACCUGUUCCUGGGCAACCUGGCCGCCUCAGACCUCCUGGCAGGCGUGGCCUUCAUAGCUAAUACCUUGCUCUCAGGUCGCAUCACGUUGAGGCUGACGCCUGUAGAGUGGUUUGCCCGCGAGGGCUCAGCCUUCAUCACACUCUCUGCCUCUGUCUUCAGCCUCCUGGCCAUUGCCAUUGAGCGGCACGUGGCCAUUGCCAAGGUCAAGCUGUACGGCAGCGACAAGAGCUGCCGCAUGCUGCUGCUCAUCGCAGCCUCCUGGCUCAUCUCGCUGGCUCUCGGCGGCCUGCCCAUCCUUGGCUGGAACUGCCUGGGCCACCUGGAUGCCUGCUCCACCGUCCUGCCACUCUAUGCCAAGCAGUACGUGCUCUGUGUGGUGACCAUCUUCUCUGUCAUCUUGUUGGCCAUCGUGGCUCUGUAUGUCCGCAUCUACUGUGUGGUUCGCUCGAGCCAUGCUGAUGUGGCCGGUCCGCAGACGCUGGCCCUGCUCAAGACGGUCACCAUCGUGCUGGGCGUUUUCAUCGUCUGCUGGCUGCCUGCCUUUAGCAUCCUCCUCCUGGACUAUGCCUGUACUGUCCGGUCCUGCCCCAUCCUCUACAAAGCCCACUACUUCUUCGCCUUUGCCACCCUCAACUCGCUGCUCAACCCUGUCAUCUACACGUGGCGCAGCCGGGACCUGCGGCGGGAGGUGCUGCGGCCACUGCAGUGCUGGCAGCAGGCAACAGGGGUGCAAGGACGGCGAGGAGGGAUCCCGGGCCACCGCCUCCUGCCCCUGCGCAGCUCCAGCUCGCUGGAGAGGGGCACGCACAUGCCCACGUCACCCACAUUUCUGGAGGGCAACACGGUGGUCUGAGGGAUGGGUGGGCUUACAACCAGGCCGAUGGCAGAGGGCCAUGUGGAGAGGUACUGGGUGACCUCAGACAGAGAUGAGGGGCUUCCCAGCCAGAU